AAAAUAAUACGCUGGCGGAAAUUGCUGUGUUUCUUCCGGGUAACAUGUUCGUCACACCAAACUCCGCCAUUCAAGAUGGCAGCAGCUAUGGAUGUAGAUACACCGAGCGGCACAAACAGCGGAGCAAGCAAAAAGCGAUUUGAAGUAAAGAAGUGGAAUGCUGUGGCGCUGUGGGCCUGGGACAUUGUGGUGGAUAACUGUGCUAUCUGUCGAAACCACAUCAUGGAUCUCUGUAUAGAGUGCCAGGCCAACCAAGCUUCUGCAACUUCUGAGGAGUGCACUGUAGCCUGGGGUGUCUGCAAUCAUGCCUUCCAUUUCCACUGUAUUUCUCGUUGGCUGAAAACCAGACAGGUGUGUCCUCUGGACAACAGGGAGUGGGAGUUUCAGAAAUAUGGACACUAGCUGUGUUAUUGUCAAUCCCUUUCUUGGCUUCUACAAGCAUCAUCAUUACUUCCUCUCUAUUCCCUCUCUAAUCCUAGUUGUUGUUGUUUUACACCCACAUCUCUGUUUUGGUUUGUUGUAAGUACAGAAAUAAACACAAAUGUUAUCAGAA